AUACUAAAGUUGCAUCUACUUCAUAAAAUCUACAAACAGUUAUGAAAAGUUUAUUCCUCUUAGAGCUAGCCGUGCUACUUUCGGUGCGUGCCCUGCCAAGCAAUGUUCAACCAUCCAGUGUCAUAGAAGAAUUCAUCGUUGGAGGCGAAUAUGCGAAACCAGGCGAAUUUCCUUGGCAGCUAUCUUUACAGAUCAUGGGGUACCCUGAAAAAGCGUUUUCCGAGGUUUGGACUCACACAUGUGGGGCGAUACUUUAUUCCUCGAAGUACGCACUAACCUACGCUCAUUGUCUUUACAGUGGGAACACGUACAGAAUAGUAGCUGGUCUGCACAAAUUAAGCGAGCCAAAUUUGGCAACAAUUGUCGACAUCAGAUCAUUCGAAAAGCACAACCACAACAACAUUGCCAUCAUCACGUUCGCCUCUGAAAUCGGAUACACUGAGUGGAUCAAACCGGCUGUCCUCCCUUCCGAUAACAACAACAGGUUCGACAACGAGUCCUGCUUCAUAUCAGGCUGGGGAAAAUCAAGUUUAACUGGCAGACCAGACACACUCCGAAAAGGAUUGAUGUCAGUCAUUACAAACUCUGAAUGUCAGAUAAGAAUUGGUGACUGGCCAAUUGCUGGCCUUAAUACAAUUUGCGCUCUAGAUCCAAAAGAAUAUACCUCCAUUUGCCACUACGACGAAGGCGGUCCAAUGACUUGCAAAAUUGGCGGGAAAGACAUCGUUGUUGGAUUGGCUUCGGAGUUCUUUCUAGGGUAUAUUAAAGAAUGCACGCCAAAGAAACCCUCCCUUUACGUAAGGCUCAGUGAAUAUUUAGAUUGGAUCAAACAGAACACUCCCUGA